GCUUGCUCUGUCCUUCUCUCACACUUCAAUCCACCUCUCAACUCCUGUCUUGUCUGCAGUGUCCGUUCAGAAGCUCACGUUAGCUUCUAGCCAUUCUUUAUCAAACCCUGCUUGCUUUGGAUUUACUCCAGUCGCUCUCUUCCUAGACUCUCAACCGUCUUUCCCGCGCUAUCACCGCAACCAUGUACAACAACAAGGACGUUUCCGUCGCGGCUCUGCUCGCCGCUGGCAUGGCCACUGUCGUCUCUGCCCAGUCCGGCAAUGCCAUCUACUGGCCCGGUCUCAACAACAUCGUUCCCGCUGGCGAGCGCUACGACAUUGGCUGGGACUCCACCAAGCCCUACUCCGGCGGCACCGUCACCCUGGUCCUGCUCAAGGGUCCCUCGACCAACGUCGUCCCCAUCCAGACCAUUGUCGCCAACACCGCCAACAACGGUGUCUUCUCGUGGCUCCCCGGCGCGGACCUUGAGGACUCUUGCGGCGGCACCGGCUACGGCCUGAAGAUCAUCAUGGACGGCCACACCCUCGCCGACGGCUCCACCGACUUCCAGUACUCGACCCAGUUCGGUAUCUCCAACCCCAAGAACCGCAACUGCCCCGGCGACGAGAAGAGCUCCACCUCCACCUCCGCCGCCGCCACUUCCCAGGCUGCCACUUCCGAGGCUGCUGCCGCCACCUCCGAGGCCGCUGAGGCUACCUCCGAGGAGGCUUCCGCCACCACGGCCGCCCCCGUCGAGGCCAAGAACGUCGAGCCCACCGCCGCCGCCAACACCACCCCGGCCUUCGCUGCCGUCACCCCCGCCGCCAACUCCUCCAACGCCGUCGUCACCGAGGUCGUCUACGAGUACACCACCUUCUGCCCGUACGCCACCAGCCUGACCAUGGGCGGCAAGACCUACACCGUCAGCGCCUCCCAGACCCUGACCGUCACCGACUGCGGCUCCAGCGGCUGCACCAUCACCCGCACCAACAGCCCCGCUGCCCCCACUGGUAUCUCCCUUAACCAGCCCAAGCACGGCUUCAACGGCACCAUCCCCGCCUACAACCAGCCCAAGGUUGGCUCCGGCAACGGCGCUUCCCAGGGUGGCUUCUCCGGUGCCUCCUCCGGCUCUGGCUCCAGCUCCGGCUCCGGCUCCGGCUCCGGCGCUCCUGGCGCUGGUGCUGGUGCUGGUGCUGGCUCCGGCUCCGGCUCCAACCUUGCUGCCACCCCCGUCGGCACCCCCGUCGCUACCCCCAUGUCCACCCCCUGGACUGGUGCUGCCUCCGGCCUCAAGGCCUCCGGUGCUUUCGCUGGUGCGCUGGUUGCCGCUGCUGCUUUCUUCGCCCUGUAAAUGGGAGAUGAUUUGAACGGCGUCACGUGUGGGAAGGAUCACGGUGGUGCGGUGUUGGAUCGUGGGAUUAGAUACCCGUAUUGAAACUUCUACCUUCGAACCUUGUUGUUUGUUUGGCCUUUUUACUUUCCAUUUUUUAUACUUCUUGGGCUUGGUCGUCAUUCUGGUCGCCAGCCUCUUUGUCGGCACGUCUACAUAGGCCGACUCUUUUAUUUCUUUUGUUUUCUGUUGUUGUCGUUGUUCUUCUCUUGGCUGGUUGAGAGAAUACCUAGAUAUCUAGAUACCUGUCCCGGCUCGGGUUACGAACGAUUAUACAAUCGAAGGAGAGCUGCGUAGAUGGCUUAUGACUGAUUGAUAAUAUUUAUUGCUUGGCUGC